AUGCUUAAUACUACUGAGCUUGACUAGACAUUAAAAACUAAUAAGGAGGCUUUAGAAAUUCCAAAGUUAAUCGUUAACUCAUCAAAAAUUACUGUGGCUUCUACAAAUAAUUUAAAUAAUAAUAGUUAGGUUCCAGAAAAAAAAACUACUUUUUUCCGUACUGAGGACAAGUUCUCAAGAUUGGAGUAAUAUGAAGAAAUUGAUCGAAAUGAUGAAUUGAAUCUUCCUUUUGUUCCACCAUAGGGAUUCAAAGGACCAGUUGGUAAGUAAGUUUAAUUUACUGAUUAGUUGAUCGGAAGGCAACUGAUAAAGCUUGGAUAGGUUUAUUUCUUAUUGUAUAUGUUUUAUACGGAGUUUAUUCAUAUUUUGUAAUUGCAGGUGGAAAUCCUGAUAGAUUGGCCCAUGGAAUAGACUUUAGAGGCGAGAUUUGUGGCAUAGGCAGUUUAAAGAAUAAACCCUUCUUAUAUUAUGCUGGCCCCGUGAUGGAUAUAGAUGUAACCUGGUGUAUUAGGUAAUGUCCGCCAUCGACAGGGAGGGAAACUUGCAUGUACGAUACAGAUCAUAUGACGGUAACUUCCUUUUGUUACAUUCAAAUGCAAGCAGAUCAGAUGGGUUAUUACUGUAUACCAAAAGAGCCCAAGAGCAGAGAACUUGUAUUUGAGCAAUUAGGAUCAACAAGGAACACAAUGAGAAGGAUAGGGUCAGAUUUAUGGCAAUCUUGGGACAUUACAUUAUGCGGCUUUGGCUUAUCAAUUGUUUUAAGUUAUUUGUUUACAGUUCUGGCUAAAUUUGAAAAAAUCGCUGCUGGAUUAAUAUGGGGAGCCAUUAUAUUUGCUGAGGCUGGCUUAAUUCUAUAUGGUUGGCUUUUCUAUCUGGAAUCAAUUAGAGUAAGUUAUGAAAAUGAAUUUAGGCCCACGACUUUAGAUGUAUCGAUGGCAUGAACUCAGAUACCUGUGGUGGCCAAAUAGUAACCACCUAUUAGAUAUUAGCAAUUGUAUUCUUGGCAUUAGGAGGCAUUUACUUAAUUGUUACUUUAUUACUUUUUAAGAGGAUUCAAAGAGGAAUUUCCUUAUUAAAAACUGCAUAACAUAUUAUUCAAGUUUUAAGUUAGAUUCGAUCAUUUCCAUUUAUUGUUGCGUUUAUUGGAUUGGUAGUGUGUUGUUUGGCAUUUAUCUUGGUCUGUUUUGCGAUGACAGUGGGGACAACAGAAUUAACAAGAGCAAAAUGUAUGAAUUUUAUAUAUUAAUUACUUAGAUAUUGAUGGACAUCUUCUUUACAAGGUCAUUUACAAUGAUUAUAUCUAGAUGGGUCUAAUCUAUGUUGCAUUUACAGUGUUUUUUACUUUAACUUUAAUUUUAACUAUGAAUGAUAUGUUCACAAGUUAUGCCUUAUCAGUUUGGUUUUUCACAAAGUAGAAAGACACUGUCAGAAUCCCUUAUUGUUUUUCUUUCAAAACUUUAUUUCGUUACCAUUUUGGUACUUGCGUGUUUAUUGCUUUUAAUCUCAUGUUUCUUACAGUUCCUCAAUCAAUAAUGGAUUAUUCAAGAGUAGAUAUAUUUAUUAUUCCUAGAGUUUAAUGAGAUUUCUACCUUAAACCAGUAGUUGUGUAAGAUACACUUAGGCAAGUUGUAUGGCAUGUAUUCAUGCCUUUGAGGUGUUUCUCAGAUAUAUAUCUAAACAUUCAGUUGUUUAAGUAGCUAUUUGGUCUGAGCCAUAUUACUAAAGUGCUAAGAAGGCUUACUUUUUAAUCUUCAGAAACUAGGACAAAAUUAAAGAUUUAGAUUUCCUCUAAACAUUAAUUGUGUUCUAAAUUAGAAUGGCAACAGCAUUUAUGGCAUCUAUUCCAAUUUAUAUUUACAUCAAUUUUGCUGAAUAAACAUUUAUGGGGAAACCAACAUCCGGAAUUGAAUCUCCAAUCAUCCCAACAUUGUAUGUUUUCAUUUGUGGAAUGUUCUUUUCAAAUAUCUUCUAAGGUUCAUAUGAUAUUACUUGUAAAACUAUUAUUUAAUUGUAUUGUAUGGACAGUGAAAUGUUUUUUGGUGAAUAAAGAUUUGUUGAACAAUUCAUUAGGGAGUUUAUGGAAUUUGUAGGAAAAAUAGAGGAUAAGGAAUGGAAGAUAGGAUUUACAAAAUAAGUUAAAUUUAAUAAAGAUAAAUUCAAUGAAAAAUUAAAGAAUUAUAAUGAUUCAGACAAUGAUUCUGAAUCUGAUUAAGAAUAUGAUAUCAAUGAAGAUGAAGAACCAUAGAGUGAUGAAAAAAAGGUAGCUUAAAAAAAGAAAAACGAAGAUGAUCAAUAUUUUGAUUAUGAUGAAAAAGUUGAAAGAGGUAACGCAUUCAUUGGAUUACCUUUGGAAUACAAACCAAAAAAUGAUGUUACCAAGAAACCACCUGAAGAAUUAGGAAAUGCAUCUCAAUCUGUUAUUCAAGAUUAGACUAUGGUUGCAGGAGAUCAAACUAUGGCUUUAGGUAGUAAUAAAUAAUUAAGACUCAAAACUCCCAUUCUUAAUACCAGUCAACAGUCUUUCUAAAUUUUAUUAAACGCAAACGACAAAAGUUAAAUUAGUUAAGUUAGUGAUUUGGAUGAAAAGCCAUAAAGAGAGAAAGUUAUCAAAAAAUAAAGAAUAUGA